UCCCCGUCGCCGUCGUCGCUCUGUGCGUCGUUACUGUCUCCAGCAUGUCCUACAACAACAACUUUGGCUCUGUCGGACAGGUCGGCCACGUUGCCUCGGGUCUCAACGACUACGGCAAGGGGCAAUAUGGAGGCGCAGAGGGUCUUCGUCGUUACGGAAGCAAAAACAGCGCUGCCAAUGCCUACAACAAAGCCGCCAACAACUACGCCGCCCACGGUAACAACUACCACAAGGCUGCUGAUCAGGCUAGAGCAAAGGGGGACACCGCCUCCAACUACUACGGCCACAAGAACGCUGCUCACGCUGACAAAGCCUCCGGUGCUGCCGCUCAGGCCAACAAAGCCAACUACCACGAUGCUGCCGCCGCAAACUACGCCAGGAAGGACGACGCCUCCAAAGCUGCUGCCAACAACGACUACGCCAACAAAAACUACUACCGAAAGGGGAACGUAUUCAACACCGGAGUCCACUACGGCUUCGACAAGAAGUACAACAAGAACGCCGAUGAGGACGGUGACUACGAAAUUCUUGAUGACAGCAGUGCCCACAACCUCGACGAAUACCGUGAUAAGAACAAGGCUUACAGCACCGCCAACAGUGACCACGCCGCCAACAAAUAUGCUGCUGAUCGCUCCCGUGCUCUGAAAGACAGCAAGUACGGUAAAGACGCUUACAAGGCACAAUACGGUAACGGCAAAUACGGCUCUGCUGCUAGUCAAGCAGCCAAGAACGGUGCUGCCAACCACGGUUAUGACGGUAAACUGAACGAGGCAGCCGGAAGCAACAAGUACUACACCGACGCCCACGAUGCUGCCAUCAACAAACAUGAUGAGUUCACCGGCAAGAACGCCUACUACGAUAGAAAGAACGCCGCUAAUGCCGCUGCAAAGGCUGCCCACAACGUUGCCGGAUAUGGAGGACUCGCUCAUGGUGGCUACGGUGUCGGUGGUGUCGCUGGUUCUCUGGGUGUAUCUGGAGUAGGAUACGGAAAGGGCUACGGUAAGCAGUACGGUCAGGGAUACAGCAAUGGCUAUCUCGGACAUGACGCACACAACAACAAAUACUACGAUGCUGGCGCCCACGGUAAACACGCUGACCACUAUGACGGUGCAUCCAAUGCCGCUCUCGCCAAAACCGGAGGAUACGGAUCCAAACUGGGUGAAUCCAGCCGAAACAAGGCCGACGCCGCCUAUAAGAGAAACGGCUACAACAACGCCCAAGCCAACGACUACUACAAGUCUGGAGCUGCUGCCAACAACAACAACGCCUACAGAGUCAACAAGGACGGUGCUGCUGCCAACAACCACGGCUUCAGUCACGCCGGUGCCGACGCUGCCAGUCUCUAUGACAACAAAGCCGCUGCUCACGACAAUGCCAACUCUGCUUACGCCAAGGACAACUUCAGACGUAAGUACAACGAGGGUGCCAAGAAACACCAUCUGGUCAAGAAGUUCCACCACCAUUCUAAAGCCGACGGCAAUAACUACGAGCGUCUCAACUACGACAAGAAGGACUACAAGGACAACUUCGGCCAGAACGCCAAUGCUGCUCAUGCCAACGCAAAGAAAUACACUCAAAAACUGUACAAGAACGCCGCCAAUGCUGCCGCCUCUAACAAUGAUAAGUAUGCUGCCAACCACGCCAACAAAGCCUCCAACUACUACGAUGCUGCUAAUGCUGCCAACGGCAACGCCGCUAAGAAAUCCAACUACUACAACAAAAACGCCGCUGCCUCUGCUGGUGCUGCCAACGCUGCUGCCAAGUCUUAUUAUGGCAACCACAACAACGCUGCUGCUACUAAUGCCAAGAGUCUCAACGACUACUCACACAACCAGUACGGUAACAACGGCCACGCCUUCAACGCCGCCCACGGUGGUGCUGCUCACCAUGCCGGUGCCGCCCACCACGACGCUCCCAGCUACGGUUACGGCGUCGGACACGGAAUUGGAGGAGCUGGACAUGGAGUUGUCGGCCUUGGUCACGGUGUUGGUGGAUACGGCAAUGGGGUUGGACACGGAAUUGGAGGAGCUGGACAUGGAGUUGCCGGCCUUGGACAUGGCGUUGGUGGAUUCGGUAACGGAGGUGUCGGCCUUGGGAGAGGCUUUGGUGUUGGUCAAGGUUACGGAGGUUACAACAAGUACCCAUACUACGGGUAAACGGUCACAUGUGGUUGACUUUAUUGAACACCAUCCUCACCUCACAAAUCAUGUGGCCAGUGUGCUUGAUAUGAAUGAAGAAGUUUGAAUGCUUUUUUACCUCACGUUUUAUGUGUGUGUACCGUGUGUUUAAUUGUUUUUUGUAACCAGCAAGGUACUACCACCAGAUCUGAUCAGAAAAAAACAACCCAUUAGAUUUUCAAAAAAAAUUUACAUUAUAUUGAUAUGAAUAAGGGUCAUUCGGAACCUGUUAAGUUUUUUUCUAUACUAAUUGCCGAAAUGUCUAUAGCGAAAUAAUUGUUCAAACAAGGCGGUAUUUCAAACACAUUUCAGAAGACGUAAGCCAUUUCCAUAUAUACAUGUACGAUGCCUUUCGAAUAGGUUGUUUUGUUACUUUGUACUUUGUACCUCGUUUUUCUGUUGUAUUGUGAUUUAUGUCUUACUUUUACCCAAUCGUAAGAAUAAAUGUUGUCUGAUAAA